AACACAAUCCGCACUUCCAAGUCAAUCGACUACAACACUUUCCCAUAUUUGCAAUGGUGGCUGAGCAAUAUUGGACCUCUCCUACCAAGGAGUAUCAAAAGAAAAUUCAGAUUAUUCAGGGUUCUGAUGAGCCUGCGAUCGACUUCCCCCUCAUACUUCAGCCCUCACGCGAAGAACUCUCCAAGGAUGCAAUCCUCAAGGAGGCCCGCGCUCUUGGUGCUCAGCCAUCCGACAAGAAUCUCCAGAGCCCAAUCCGCCAGCUGCUCGAUGCAAAUGGUGGUGCUAUCCACCUCAAAGGCCUACCCCUGAAGACGGCCGAGGACUUCUCAGAGUUCAUGUUCGCCCUCGCAGGGUCCGGCCCUCACGCCUGGAAGCCGCAUGAGCAUACUGGUAUGGAGGUGCUCCGCCGCCCUCAGGCCCCCAACGUGCUCACUGCCAACGAGGGUCCGCCAAGUCACUUUAUUGGCUGGCACAACGAAUACGCCGUAUCUCCAGUACACCCGCAUUAUCUUGCUCUCUAUUGCAAAAUUCCCCCGGCCAGCGGCGGUGAGACCUCUGUCUGCAACUCGAUUGCCCUGUACGACCGCCUGAAGAAGGAUGCCCCAGGCUUCGUCGAGGGUUGCGGCAAGAAGGGCCUUGUGUACCAUAUUCCACACAAUGCAGAUCAGGUCGGCGGUAUUGUCGGUGGUAACGGUCUGUACAAAGAUUCGGCGUUCGGCCCCAAGGGAGACGAGAAGAUGCCCGAGACCGAGGAGGGCAAGCGAGCUAUGGUUGAGCGCAAGAUGCUCGACUUGGCCCACCGCGGUGGCUGGCACAAGGACAUCGACCGAGACGAUGAGACUCUACCUGUUUGGCAGCGCCGCGGCUUCGAGUGGACCUGGCAGGAUAAUGGCGACCUCGACGUCAUUCAUCGUGUUGCUGGCACCCGACAGCAUCCUACCUUGAACAAGCCAGCCAUAUUCAACGCUCUGUCCACCCGCUACACCAACGCUGUGGCUAACGACACUUUCAACGCCCCGUUCACUUUCAAGAAAGAGGAUGGAACCGAGGGUAGUUCGAUCCCCCCACAUUUUGCCGGCCUUGAAAAGGAUGAACCAGUUCCCCGAGAGUGGCUGCAGAAGAUGGACGAAUGGCAGCACGAGCUAGAGUCCAGCAUCGUCUGGGAUGCAGGCGAUGUCCUUCUGGUCGACAACUUCGCCGCACAGCAUGCCCGUUGGGCUUGGGAGGGAGACCGAAAGGUCAUGGCCAGCUUCUGGGACCAACCUGGCAUGGUCAGCGAGCCCAUCAUGUCGUAAACUAGUAUGAUCUAGACUUUUUCUAGAACAUAAUCGUCAAGUACUUGAUAGAUGAGUGUGGACACUCUGGUCCAAAGUGGAGGUAUUGGUAUGAGUACAUGGGUACAUUCGCUUAGUAUUAAAUCCGAAGACAAGGAGUCCAAAUUGUUGACAAAUAUUUUUUAC